AAAUUGGAGACUGGGAUCGGUGUUCGAAACACGCAGCAGAGGCCACCAUACAACAGCUGUUCUCUCUCUCCCCUGUUUACUCGAUAAGUAUGGGAUCGGUGUUCGGUUCGACAGGAAAGAGCAAAGAAGAAAUAGAAAUGGCUGUAUCCAAGGUGAAGGAAAUCGUUGACUCUAACCCCGUUGUCGUCUUCAGUAAAACCUACUGUGGAUAUUGCAAGCAGGUCAAGCAACUGCUCUCCAAACUAGGGGCAACUUACAAGGUCGUUGAAUUGGAUGAGGAAAAUGAUGGAAGUGAAAUGCAACAAGCUCUAGCAGAAUUGACUGGGCAGGGUACUGUACCCAAUGUGUUCAUUGGUGGAAAACAUAAUGGCGGCUGUGAUGCGGUCUUGCAGAAGCAUCAGCGUGGUGAGCUUGUUCCCCUCCUCACUGAAGCCGGUGCUAUUGGCAAGUAACUCCCCACUGCUGUAAGUAAAUGUACACAAGACAGAUGAUGCGCAUGUAAAGUGUAGAAGCAAAAAUAAGUUCACCAGAUACAAACUGUAUGACAUGGUUUGUAAGGAGAUUUGAUCAAUGAAUGCAAGUUAUAUUUGUGUGCCGA